AUGGGCAGUCCUUGGUUUACGCGCUCAGAUGAGCAUAAUCCAAAGAACCAAGAUCAUCAAAACAACUCGGGUAACCCGGUAGAGGUGGGCAUGGCCGCUGAGACUAAAGAUAUUUACCGGAAGAGCAGCUGGGACCCCUGGCAGGAGUGGACGGAGGAAGAAAUCGGAGUUGAUGGAAGAUCAUCCCAAGCUUCAGCCAAAUACGCACUCAUUGUCCGCCGCGAGAAGGAACAUGGUGAAAUUGAUGAAUCAGUCCUAUCGCUACAUUCUAUCACAGUGCAGAGCCCACUGCUCAAAAAGAUUCUCGGUCCGGUUUUCAAGGGCUACAAGGGCAUCAAACCCAACCUCAAGAAACUCGAGUUUCAUGCGCCUUUUCGAGAGUUCUUCUAUAGAUGGGAUGAGUUUACUCAAGCCGACCCAAGGAACGAUUCCGCUGAUUCCUCCGAGGAGUGUUCGCAUUACAAACUUCUGGCAGAUAUCAUACGUGCCGAGAUCAAGCCGCGUAUUGAGCAAGCCUCGGAUCUUUUGAACAACGGCGUUAUAUCUUUUGAUUAUGUGUGGACGCUCUUUGAGCCUGAUAUCGAAGUCUACACCACGGUCGAAGGCCGCGAUAGACUGUUUAGGUUGAGCAGCAGUAAUUAUUCCAAGGCGCCAGAUGGAACAGUGGCAUACGUGCUUUGUGCCCGCUUCAUCGACACCGAUGGGGACAUCUUCGGGUACACAGAAACAACCUUGAACAUAUUGCCUUUUGAGAACGUCAAGCCAAUUUUGGAGCUAGAAGUUAUCCCGGCACGUCUAUGCCCCCACUUGGAUGAAGUCAAGGAUCGACUCGUACAACGUGGUCGAGUAUUUGAGAGCUUGAAAGGCAUCCACCACAGGACGUAUUCUGGUAUGUACAGUCUGUCUAGUACAGCCUCGGGUAUUCCAAAGCAGCGACACGUAACUCAUAGGUCUCUACCAGCAAAACCAUGCGCCACAAUAGUUUCGAGAAAUGGCUCACAAAACUCAAGUUGGCUCAAGGCCCUUACCAAAGGCAAGUUUCUUACUACCAACCUAGGACUAUUCGACAUUGAGCUCAUCAAAGACGUGUUAUGGAGCUCAACAGCCUUUGAUCAGCUAGUGCUGCCGCACGAUUACAAACGAAUUAUUCAGGCAUUUGUUGGUGCUCAAAUGUCUGGCUUGGACAAUUUUGACGAUGUAAUCAAAGGCAAAGGACGAGGAAUCAUUAUGCUUCUAAGCGGAGAGCCGGGAACUGGGAAAACACUCACAGCAGAGUCUGUUUCCGAGAUCAUGCAAAAGCCCCUCUAUAACAUGAGUGCUGCCGAGUUGGGGGAUGUUGCCCAAGAGGUUGAGCAGAAGCUAGACUGUGCUCUCGAGCUCUCAACAAGAUGGGGAGCAGUCCUUCUCCUCGAUGAGUGCGACGUCUUUCUCCAACGUCGAACUACCUCAGAUAUCAAAAGAAACAAACUCGUCUCGAUUUUCCUUAGACUCCUCGAAUACUUUGAGGGCGUCAUGUUUUUGACAACUAAUCGAGUCUCGGCAUUCGACCCGGCGUUUGAGUCUCGAAUUCAUCUCACUAUUCAUUAUCCCAAUCUGGACUACACUAGCAGACUGCAUAUCUGGAGGACAUUUGUUAAUAUUGGCACCGAUUGGAAUAGUCUUUCUGAAGAUGAGCUGGAUGAAUUGGCCGGUGUCGAGCUCAAUGGGAGACAGAUCAAGAAUGUGGUCAAGACGGCAAGACUUCUUGCAACGCACGAAAGGACUCAGCUGGCUAUGGGCCAUAUCAGCACGGUUCUGAGGAUCAAGAAAGGGCUAGCAGGAGGGUCAUGAUAUGGAAGCUUGUGAGAUACCAGAAAUGCCUUUUCCA